AUGUGCCCAGAGAGUGGAAAGAGAUUAAGUAAGAGUGGCAGUCUUCAAUAUCAUCAGAGACCCCACACAGGGGGAAAACCUUUUGAAUGCUCAGAGUGUGGAAAGAGAUUCAGCCGGAGUGGCAGUCUUCAAAGUCAUCAGAGAACCCAUACAGGGGAAAAACCUUUUGAGUGCUCAGAGUGUAGAAAGAGAUUCAGUCAGAGUAGCACUCUUCAAAAUCAUCAAAGAAUCCAUACAGGGGAAAAACCUUCUGAGUGCUCAGAGUGUGGAAAGAGAUUCAGUUGGAGUGGCUAUCUUCAAAGUCAUCAGAGAAUCCACACAGGCGGGAAACCUUUUGAAUGCUCAGAGUGCGGAAAGAGAUUCAGUCAGAGUAAAACUUUUCAACAUCAUCAGAGAACCCACACAGGGGAGAAACCUUUUGAAUGCUCAGAGUGUGGAAAGAAAUUCAGUCGGAAUGGCAGUCUUCAACGUCAUCAGAGAACCCACACAGGGGAGAAACCUUUUGAAUGCUCAGAGUGUGGAAAGAGAUUCAGUCGGAGUAGCAGUCUUCAAAAUCAUCAGAUUAUUCACACAGGGGAGAAACCUUUUGAAUGCUCAGAGUGUGGAAAGAGAUUCAGUUGGAGUAGCAGUCUUCAAAGUCAUCAGAUUACCCACACAGGGGAGAAACCUUUUGAAUGCUCAGAGUGUGGAAAGAGAUUCAGUCGGAGUGGCCCUCUUCAAAAUCAUCAGAGAAUCCACACAGGGGAGAAACCUUUUGAAUGCCCAGAGUGCGGAAAGAGAUUUCGUCGGAGUGGCCAUCUUCAACAUCAUCAGAGAAUCCACACAGGCCAAAAACCUUAUGAAUGCUCAGAGUGUGGAAAGAGAUUCAGUCGGAGUGGCUAUCUUCAAAGUCAUCAGAGAAUCCACACAGGCGGGAAACCUUUUGAAUGCUCAGAGUGCGGAAAGAGAUUCAGUCAGAGUAAAACUUUUCAACAUCAUCAGAGAACCCACACAGGGGAGAAACCUUUUGAAUGCUCAGAGUGUGGAAAGAAAUUCAGUCGGAAUGGCAGUCUUCAACGUCAUCAGAGAACCCACACAGGGGAGAAACCUUUUGAAUGCUCAGAGUGUGGAAAGAGAUUCAGUCGGAGUAGCAGUCUUCAAAAUCAUCAGAUUACUCACACAGGGGAGAAACCUUUUGAAUGCUCAGAGUGUGGAAAGAGAUUCAGUUGGAGUAGCAGUCUUCAAAGUCAUCAGAUUACCCACACAGGGGAGAAACCUUUUGAAUGCUCAGAGUGUGGAAAGAGAUUCAGUCGGAGUGGCCCUCUUCAAAAUCAUCAGAGAAUCCACACAGGGGAGAAACCUUUUGAAUGCCCAGAGUGUGGAAAGAGAUUUCGUCGGAGUGGCCAUCUUCAACAUCAUCAGAGAAUCCACACAGGCCAAAAACCUUAUGAAUGCUCAGAGUGUGGAAAGAAAUUCAUUCAGAGUACCAAUCUUCAACGUCAUCAGAGAAUCCACACAGGCGGGAAACCUUUUGAAUGCUCAGAGUGUGGAAAGAGAUUCAGUCAGAGUAGCACUCUUCAACUUCAUCAGAGAAUCCACACAGGGGAAAAACCUUUUGAGUGCUCAGAGUGUGGAAAGAGAUUCAGUCAGAGGAGGAAUCUUCAACAGCAUCAGAGAACACACAGAGGGGAGAAUCUUUAG